CACAGUGUUCGUUCACCGUGGCUGUCGUUUAAACCCUGGUCUAGUGUCUCUGCGGGUGCAGUGUUGAGUGCAGUUCUCCAUGGCGAAAACCAGAGUGAAGAAACGAAAGCUCGCCAACAAAUCUUCCACUCCCACUCCCACUCCCACUCCCACGCCCACACCUAAAAUCGACAAAAAAAUCAAGAAAAAGAACAAAUCCAAAUCCAAAACUCAAUUAUCCGACUCCGACUCUGACUCCGACUCCAACCGGCAAACCCAGCUCCAAUCUCUCCUCGAGGCCUACUCCAAAGACCAACUCAUCACCCUCGUCAUCGACCUCUGCUUAUGCCAAGACUCCCUUUUUUCCGUUAUAAAAGCCGCGGCCGACAAGGACAUCUCCCAUCGCAAAAUAUUUGUCCACGGCCUCGGGUGGAAUACUACUCACGACUCCCUGGAGUCGGUUUUGAAAUCGUUUGGUGAAAUCGAGGAUUUGAACAUCGUGAAUGAUCGAGCAACUGGAAAGUGCAAGGGUUAUGCUUUUGUCACUUUCAAAACCCGGCAAUCCGCGAAGAAAUUAUUGGAAAACCCUAGAAUUAAUAUUAGCAAUCGUAUAGCAUCGUGCCAGCUGGCGUCAGCGGGUCCCAACGCUGCUCCAGCUCCAGGAACAUUUACCCAGCCGCCGUCUUCUACGGAUUAUGCGAACAGGAAGAUUUAUAUAACUAAUGUGCCGGUGAAUGCAAAUGCACAGCAGUUGAGGGGAUUUUUUGAGAAAUUUGGGGAAAUUGAGAGUGGGCCAACUGGUUUGGAUCCCACAACUGGGAAAUUUAAAGGUUAUGCAAUUUUCGUGUUCAAGACUUUGGAUGGAGCUAAAAGGGUUUUAGAGGAGCCUUAUAAGGUAUUUGAAGGGCAAAAAUUGCACUGCCAGAAGGCCACCGAGGGGAAGAGUAAGGUGGGCAGUGGGGCAGCAUCAAUAACUACCGCACUGCAGCCAGUGCAGCCGCUCAUGCAGGUGGCAGCAGCCUCCCAGCAGGCACAGAAUUUGGCAUUAUUGGGGCAGCAGGCGGGAUUUGUUAAUCCAUUGUAUGGUGGUGGGUUGACUGGGAAUGCAAAUUUGGGUGGAUUGUUGGGAGGAUAUUAUGGGAUGAUGGGAGGUCAGCUUCCGGGGUUGGAUUUAGGUGCUUAUAGUGGUGCUGGUGCUGGCAGUGGAGGGUCAAGUGGACCAAUCCUUCCGGGGUUGGGUUUAGGUGCUUAUAGUGGUAGUGGGGGUUUGAGUGGGGGGAUGCUGCAGGGGCUGAGUUUGGGUGCUUAUAGUGGUGCAGGUGCUGGAAGCGGAGGAUCAAGUGGGGCAAUGUUGCAGGGGCUGGGUCUAGGUGCUUAUAGUGGUGCUGGUGCAGGUAGUGGAGGAUCAAGUGCGGCGAUGCUACUGGGAUUGCAGCAUGUGUACCCAAAAUUGCACAGUGGGCAGACUUCGUCCUUGUCCAAGUCUCAAAGGACGGGUGGUGGUGGUUACUCUGCGAACUUGUGAAGAAUUGGGCUGAGCUGGCGGAACAAGUUCUGGAAAAUUUCUAGGGGCUUGAUUGGGAUUGGUGGCUUGGUCGUGGAAUAUGACAUUGCAGCUUUAUGUUUUUAAUCCUUUAUUACUUUUCUCAUAGUCCUCUUUAUUACAUCCUUUUACUGGCCUUUGAAGAACCUUUGAAGAACUUCGUAGAUUAUAUUUCAUAUUAAAUUGAUAAACCUUUUGUUACCUCUUUUUAUGGGUUUAAUGAUUUUUCCCUUCAAAGCAUCUUGGUCUCUUUUGAUUCUCAUUUUCCAAGUUUUAUUUUGCUUUUGGUGAUAUUUCAGUAUUGUUGUGUUUUGUUCUCCUUUUCUGUUUCUUUUCUUUUUUCUUUUCUGUUUUUUUUCUUGACACCUUUAUAAUAUAUUCUUCCAUUAAAGCUAAACAUGAUGUUUAUGGUCUCUUGAUAUUUUAUUUGCCUUGUUACUUUUUUCGUAAAAUCUUUGGCAUUUGGCACUUUUGUCGUCUUUAUUGUUUUCCAGCAUACUUACAAUUGACAAUUUAUUUUUAAUUUUUUUCUUUAGGAUUGAUUAUUUAGUGAUAUUUUUGCUGUGUGUUCAUAUGUUAUUUGUGUGGAUGAGUAGUUCUCAUAUGUGCCUUUAAUAAGCCUCAUCCUUUUUUUCCCACUUUUUUUGUAAUUCUGUGGUUUUAAACUAUUGAACUAUAUCUCUACCUCCUCCUCGAGCAAUUUCUUUUUCUUUUUCUUUUUAUUUUUAUUUAUUUAUUUUUCUAAAUAAAUCUGAAUCAGGAGGUAUCCUUUUGCAACUUCUCCAUCCUUGCAGUCUCUAAUAUCUUUCACAUGUUCUUGGGAAUUCUCUUACUGACAUUGUUUUUUCCCAAUUUGAUGUCAGAGGAGUUGAGUUGAGUUGAGCUAUCAGUUUUCUGCUAAAGUCAUUUUGUAUUUUGCUGUCGAGUAUCAAAUCAAUGUUUAAAUAAAGAAUGGCUUCACCUUUUCCACUUUCUUCCAUAGAGUUUCUCCCCAUAAAAUUUGGACGACUCCUUUAAAGGUGUGCUACAAUUUCUUGUGCACCUGUUUGGUUUAAAUAAAAAUCAGUUUUUUAGUAGAUUUUGAUAAAAGUUGAUGAAAUGUGUGAUUGAAAAAUCGAUAAAAAUUAUAGAUCCUAUGAAAUGUGUGGUUGAAAAUGAGUUUUAGAAAAUGGGGGCCAAAUAGGGGCACAUCCUUUGUCAUUUUUGUAAGAUUAUAUUAUCUACUUUUAAAUUCAUAGUGUCCCCAUUUGAUGUCAAAUGAUAUAUUUAACUUACGUUGAUGAUUGUUUACACAUGGUUCUUUGGUAUUAGAUAAUAUUUUGCUGAUCAAGCAUUAGCUUGGUCAUAUGUUAUUCACUGAUCUCUUUUAUUUCAGUAACUCUGUAUAACCUUGCUAAGUUUCAUAUAGUAGUACUCCGAUUAGCAAGCUUGAAAGUGUAAAAAUUGAGGAUUACUUAUGGUGCAACUAAUUAUCAGGGGACAAUAGUCUAUUUUUCUCAACUCAUUUCCCCUGACGAAAAAAAUAGUAUUUUGAAUUUAUUUGUUGGUGAAUUAAGCUUUACCCUGUUUCCUUCUUAGGACAAUAUUCUAUAUUUAUUCUUUGAUUUUCUAUUCUAUUUUCGGGGUCAAAGUGUAGAUAUUUUUUAGAUAUUAUGUUUUUAUGCUUGCAAAUUGCCCGUCUUUUGCAGAGUUAUAUACUAGUUCUUGAAAAUGUAAGGAAGAUUUCCUCCUCGAUUUGUUGCUGGUAUCCUUUCUCUGUCAUCUUCAUGCAAGUUUUGGAGCAUAUGUUACUUUACCACUUUUCUUUGUACCUUGUGAGUACGUUAUAUUUUCCCUUGAAGAAAACGCGACUCUUUUCUUGCAUCAUUAUUUUUAUGAUUGAACAUAUUGAUUCUCCUCAAGAUAUCUUAAAAUGAAAAUUUCAACUUGAGGAAAUCAGAGGCAGAUAUUCUGAAAUAAUUUCUAUGGUUUUGGUUUCCUUUUUGUUUUCAUCUUGCUUUAUGUCUUUUAUGUUUUCUCUUUCUUCCUUGAUCCUUCCAUUGUCGUUUUCCACCAGAAGUUUGUGACCAACCAUCUGUGGGUUAUAUGGAUGAACAAUGUUUGAGAGAGGUUCACUGGACAUAAAUAUUGGUGCCUUUUGUUUGCAAUUGUCAACUCUUGUGGUUAAGCUGAGGAAAAAGGCUUGGAUUUUAUUUUUGAAUUCGUGGUUGAGUUGAGUUGAGUUGAGUUAGAGGUACGAGGUACUUCUGGAAACCUACUUUGUAACUAGUUUUUGAAGUAACUGUAAAGUUAAUUAACUUCCUCU